AUGUGGGCCGUGAAACUAUGUGAAGUGAUGACGCACGACUUUGAGACGGAGGUGCUUUGGAAGGCAGCACACCCAUGUGAGGAGGAGUUGAUCUGCAAUGCAAAGCACAGGGGAGAUGUAGGUGGGGAGCGGGCAAGGGGAACAACACAACAGCCCAAGGGAAAACAGAAGUUCAUCCAUGUGCUCGCUCCUGCUCCCAAUCCUCUCCCCCACUCCACUUUAUGCACAGGCCCCCUCACCUUCCAUCAACGUCUCAAGAUAGCACUAGGAGCAGCGGAAGGCCUGGCAUACCUGCACAGCUUCAGCACACCAAUCAUUCAUCGCGAUGUAAAGCCAGCCAACAUCCUCGUCACCGACUCGCUGCAAGCCAAGCUCGCUGACUUUGGGCUGCUCAAGCAGCUCACCGAGGGGGACGGGGAGGGGGGUGCCACGCGGAUCGCGGGCACGCCGGGGUAUGUGGACCCGGAUUACAAUCGCACUCGGGUGGUGUCUUCCAAGACUGACGUGUACAGCUUUGGAGUGGUGCUGCUGGAGAUGCUGACAGGCCGGCCAGCAGUGAUGAGUGAAGAGGACUACCACAUCGCCACGUGGGCGGCACAACGGGUGGCAGAUUACGAGCUAGACCUACUUAAAGACCCUUCUAUGGAGGUUCCAGAGGACGCUAUAGUGGAGUUUGCAGACAUUGCUCUUGACUGCCUGAAGAUGCCGUGCACUAACAAGUGCAUCCCCUCUCCCCACCACCAGGCGGCCCAGAGGGUGGCGGAUUACGAGCUAGACCUACUGAAAGACCCUUCGAUGGAGGUUCCAGAGGACGCUAUAGUGGAGUUUGCAGAUAUUGCUCUUGACUGCCUCAAGAUGCCAUGCACACGCCGCCCAGACAUGAAGGCUGUAGCGCACCGAAUCGACGAUUUGAUUCAGAAGUACUGUACUGGUAAAGGCGAGAGGGAGGCUGCUCCCGUUGAGCCUGUAAUGAGAGCACUCGUUAGCGAGGAUGUGGAUGGUAUGGAAGGCUUCGGAGGUGUUAGUGGGUGUACAAGCACGGAAAGCACAGACAAGAGCGGGGCGGUUAGUGGGCAAGAAAGUGGCAGUCUCUUGGGUAAGGGAGUGGAGGGAAGGGAUUCAGAAGAGGCGUUGGGUUUGAGGAUUUCAGGCACGGAUAGCAUGACGUCUAAAGGCUCGCAUGCUGAGCAUAGUGCGAUUGAAAAUAGGGUUCAUCCCCGCUGA